UGUUUUGAUUUUGACAGGAAAAUAAGAGUAGUCACGAAGCGAAGAAUUUGUAAUGAUCACUGAUUAAGUCUUACGUCAUGUCACGCAACCGUAACUUAAAUGCUAAAAGGAAACCCCCUAAAUCUAGCUCACUGAUUGGCUCAUUUUAGUCAUGAUUUUUAGGGUAUUUCCCGUCGCCUAAAAGCCGUCUUCGUCUUGUUCCAAGUUGUUUAAGUUGGAAAUAUAUUACGAAAGAAAUGACUUUCGAACCUUCAAACAACAGACCAAUUUUCGUAAUUCCUGUCGAAGAUAGAUUAAAGUGCGUGGCUUGUAAAGAGGUUCUUAAAGAUCCGGUUCAAUCCUCGUGUGCACAUAGGUUUUGCACAAAAUGUGCAAAUGACAUCCUCAAAAAGCCAAGGCCACGUUGCCCUGAUCAUGAAGAAGAACUGCGGUCUGAUCAACUUUUUAAAGAUCGCUGUGCAGCUAGAGAAAUCCAAGCCUUAGAGUGCUAUUGCGGAAGGAAGAAGGAUGGCUGCACAUGGAAAGGCAUGCUGGCUGAUCUACAAAAACACGCUUGUCCUUUUGAGAAGGUCGAAUGUGUCAAUAAAAAUAAAGGUUGCAAGGCCAUAAUACUCAGGUGCCAGCUGCCGUCACAUAUCGACAAAAAGUGCUUAUACAGAGAAGUUCAGUGUCAGUUUUGCCUUAGAGAAGUUCUUGAAAUCCACUUGGAUAAACACCAUGAAAAAUGUUCAAAAUUUUUAAUUGAAUGCGAAAAUAACUGUGGCGUCAAUAGCUUGCCUAGGGACCAGAUGGAGGAACAUAUAAACCUCCAUUGCCCUCUAAAAAUCAGGUACUGCAGGUACUUCCAUCAUCUUGGAUGUGAAUUUCAAGGCACGGAGGAGCAAAUCAAAGAACACGAUAAAGACUUUUAUAACAAGCACCUAGAGCUUUCCGGACAACAUGCUGAGAGAACAGAACACGAAUUACAAACACUCAAGAAAAAGAUCGCUAUCUUGGAAGAAAAAAAUCGACAAUUUGAGAAUCACGUGAAAGAACAAAAUGAAGUUAUUUCAAGUGUCCGAGAAACCCUUUCGACGCAGCAGGUUAAGUUGAUGAAGGUUGAAGAAUUUAUUGUCAAUCAAAAUAAGACUGUGGAAGAGUUAAUGAAGAAGGGCGGGAAAACUACAGAUGAACCAGAACUACCUUUGGCGGUACUCAAGAUGGUUGAUGAUUUACGAGAGCAAUUAGAAGGGCAUUCAAAGAAAAUGAAAAGCUUGGAAAACGAGUCCGCCGUGAAAGCUUAUACCCUUCAAGAAAAAAAAGACUUUAGUUUAUCAAGUGGCUUAAGUGUUCCUGGGAGCUUAGAGCAACGUAUUGGCGCUGGAGAAAGUUCGGUUGCUUGGCACGAUGUUCGCCUUGCAGAACACGAGCUUCGGCUUUCAAUUCUCGACCAAUGUAGCUACGAUGGCACUUUUGUAUGGAAAAUUGAAAAUUACAGUCGAAGAUUUCAAGAGGCUAUAGUCAACAAAACUCCAUCUCUUUACAGCCCACCUUUUUAUACUUCUCGGUUUGGGUACAAAAUGUGCGCAAGGGUUUAUUUGAACGGCGACGGUUCUGGUAAAGGAACGCAUGUCUCAGUUUUUAUUUCAGUCAUGAGAGGUGAAUACGACGCCGUAUUGCCUUGGCCAUUUUCUAAAAAGAUUACUCUUAAGUUAUUGGAUCAAAACCAUUUGGAAGACAUCACAGAGACUUUUAGACCAGAUCGUAAUAGCAGCAGUUUUAUGCGGCCCAGAGCAGAUAUGAACAUUGCGUCGGGAUGUCCAAAAUUUUGCACCCAUUUGCGCCUGCAAACAAAUGGCUAUGUCAAGGAAAAUACAAUGUUCAUUAAAGUCAUAGUAAACUGAAUAAACUAUUUUUGAAAUCCAACUACUUCACUAACAUUUUCUGGACAGUAUUCCUGCAAUGAAAGUAUUCACUCAUCUCAGUCUUAUUUCUGCUAAGAAGGGUCGUGAAGUCAUGUUUAUCAUGCGGUCAUUUUAUAAGGGUUCUUUCAUAAAGAAACUUUCAGACCUGAUCAGAAACCAAUGGAACUAGUUUAGGCUUGACCACGUAGUCAUGAAAUAAUUCAUUAUUUUUUUGGUACGUUAACGAAAAACAGAACUACUUUACAAAUCACCAAAUAUAAUUUAGAACAAAGAAACUAAUAAGCAAAAACAACGCUUGAAAAACAAAACCAAAAAUAUGACUAGUAAUUUAAGAAAGAGAAAGAUCAUUAGUAAAUUAUAUUUCAUAGUGUAACUUAAAAUGUUAUCAUUGACAGCUUCAACGUUUCAACAGCAACAAUUGUACCUACUUUAGUGAUUUUUUUUUUUUUUUUUUAACUAUUAGUUUUACAACCACCACUCCCCGUACGGGGCUUUUCCUUGAAAUUUUGUUUCAUGAAAAUGUUUCAUGUUUAUAUGCCAAGAAAAAUCGAAUGUCUAAUGAACAAAUGAUAAUAAAUAUAUAUUGUCACAAUAAC